UACCCUGCAUAUAGCCUGACUAGAAGACGACGUCCUGAUAGUCCGAAACGCGUUCGGCAGCCAGAGAAAGAGAGAGAGAGAGAGAGAGAGAGAGAGAGAGAGAGAAAGAAAGAGAGCGCGAGAGAGAGAGCGAGAGAGUUUGUAACAACAACAGGAUGUAAGGCGCUAUCUCCAACGCUGUUUCUGAAGAUAAGGAUCUUAGCACUCCUGGACGUCUCGUAAGCCAGACGGAUCUACAGCGGUGCCUUCUACUUAUCUGCGCAUUGCAUCACGAUUUCUGCCUCGUUCCAGUUCUCAUCUGCUUAAGUAUUAGGAUGGGGUAAAGACCGAAGUGGACACUUUUACCAUAUACACCUGUAGCAUCGCCUGUCUGCCUUCUCCCCUGACUACAGGUGGUGAAUGCUGACACCAUGCACGGACCUCGAAGAAAGCUGAAGGUCAUCGUGCUGACUAUAAUGACUGCGUUCUUCUUCAUCAUUGUGGAAGUUUCCAGGAGCGCCAACCAGAAUGCAAACGGACGGCACAAAAUCCGAAUCCCCACCAAACCGUUCUGGGGCAAACUGGCCCCCAACAAUGCCUACUGGAACCGGCAGCAGCAGAAGCUGGACCAUUUGAACAAUCCGAUCUUGAACGGACCAAACGCCUCACUCGGUGGCCUGCCUGACUGGCUAAACGACACGGUGGCCCAAGACUCCUGCAAGCCAGACUACCGGGUUAUGACACAAGUAAAGAAUUUCAGCUUGCUUCCAGAUCGUUUUAAAGACUUUUUGUUGUACAUGCGAUGCAGGUCAUAUCGCAUGGUCGUGGACCAACCUCAGAUAUGCAAAGAUCAGCCGUUCCUGUUGCUGGCCAUCAAAUCCUUGGCGUCUCAUUUCGACCGUCGUCAGGCGAUACGAGAGUCCUGGGGUCGGGCCGGCAUUUUAGCAAACAAGACCAUUGUGACUGUAUUUCUUCUUGGCAACGCCACUGCUGUGGACCACUUCCCAGACUUAUCACCAAUGUUAGAUUAUGAGAGCUCCAGGCACGGAGACAUCCUUCAGUGGGACUACAGGGACUCCUUUUUUAACCUGACCGCCAAAGAGGUCCUUUUCCUUGAGUGGUUCAGCACUCACUGUCCUAAUGCUAGCUUCAUAUUCAAAGGUGACGACGACGUUUUCGUCAACACUUUACUUAUUAUAAACUUCCUCAAGGGUCUGUCCCCUGCCAAGGCACAGGACCUGUUUGUUGGGGAUGUAAUAACCAAUGCUGGACCUCACCGGGACAAGAAGGUUAAGUACUACAUCCCUGAGAACAUUUUCGUAGGGAGGUAUCCACCAUACGCAGGUGGUGGAGGGUACCUUUACUCCGGAGAAGUGGCCAAGAGGCUCCAUGGGAUCAUGAACAGGGUGCCAUUGUACCCCAUUGAUGACGUCUACACGGGCAUGUGCCUGAGGAAGCUGGGACUUGCCCCGGAGAAGCACAAGGGUUUUCGUACUUUCGGCAUUGAGGAGAAAUACCGUAACAACCCGUGUGCUUAUAAGAGCCUGAUGCUGGUUCACCCAAGAAGCCCACAGGACAUGAUUAAAAUAUGGGCGUGGCUUAAAGACCCUGCUUUAAACUGUCAGUAAAACUUCACACGAGGCCUUUCAACAACCUCAGGGUUGCUAGUCUGUAUUUGGCAGCUAAGAUAAUAAUAAUUAUUAUUAUUAUUAUUAUUAUUGAUCGUGUGAAAGAUGAGCUAGGCCUGUUUGUGCAUCAUGUCUCCGAAGUGAUCAAAGCUAAAGGAGAGCAUUUCAAAAUUAUUUUCGUUAUGUAUAUCUCCAAUAGUGUUAAAGCUUUUUACCCACUGACCGCACGCCGCUCCGUCACAGUAUGUGCGAUGUAUGUCGUGUACGCUAAAGACGAGUGGGAUCAUGGGAAGUUCAGCUGGUUUGAACUUGGUUCAUUAGAAAAAACAAACUUGAUCUCCAUAGACAAGCAUGCUAUAUUAUUAUUAUUUUUUAAUUUAUCGUCUGCUUGUGUGACAUAGGACAGUAAGUGUUGGUAAAAAAAACUGCUUGUGCUGCUUGUUCCCAAAGCUUGAAUCAUGAAGGUUAAAGUAAAGCAUUACACAAAAACACAGGACCUGUAGUAAUCAGCUCCACUUGAUUAAUGUAUUGUGAAACAGUCAGCUUAUCAGUGGUUGUUCUCACACACGUUUGGCAGGUUUCAUUUUUUAUUUUCAAGGUUCACUUUGUGUCACUAAUGUUUGAUUUGCCUGUUUUUUUUGUUUGUUUGUUUUUUAAAGAGCGUUAUUCUGCUCCGAAUGAAAUGGGCUUUGUUACAGUUCCACUUACAGUUCAGGUGAAUUUAGGUCAGAGAAUAAGUAUUGUGGGUCAGGACAGUUUUCUUGGUCACAUUAUGACGUUAAAUGGAGCUGUUGUUUGUAUGCUGGGUUAUUUAUUACUUUUGCACACUCAGUUUCUAUGUUUCGAAUCGAAUCAAGAUGAUACAUUAAUUACCGUCCGUCAAGCCAAAGUGCAUCAGACUGCAUCAAAAUUAAUUCCGUUCGCCUCUUCAGAUAGAAGCUGUACAAAACCAAAACACUUGUGCCUUUCACCGAUAAAGUGAGCUUCAGAAGAAGAGCAUUUUUUUCCCCAUUUCAGUAUUCGUCUGUCUGUGCCCGGAAUGUGACGGAAAUUAAACCGGAUCGGAUUGUGUGGUUUGUUGAUCGUUUGGAAAUGUUUGUCGAAGACCCGUGAGCUUGACACUCUUAUCUUUUUCCUGUCCCAUGACCGAAAGGGGCGCCGCUUAACGAUCUCUCUCGCUGUUCUGCCACCACUGUGUGUUACAGUUACACCUGCUGGGUAGGUGUUACAAGCACACCCUGCUCACCUUUUAUUGAUCAAGACACUGGAUUCCUUUUCCUAUGACGUGGCACUCGUAUCCAAGUCGGUGCCGUAAUGCACUGUCGGGUCAUUCCCCCCCCACGCGUUCUGACAAUGUUCUCCUCUGCUGAACCUAAAAAUCGAAAUUUUGCACAUAUCGCUUGAAGUAAUGUUUACACACCAGGAUGGGUUAAUAAGUAGUCAAAGAGAAAUUACUGUAUUUAUAGACUGUAUAGGUUUAACUACCAUUAUUUAUAAAAGCUUUCCGGUUAGAGAUCUGGGUCGGGAAUCUUGGAGUUCUCGAACCAGGACAGAGCUGAUUCCAGGAGUGAUGAACUUGAAUGCUUGAUUAUAUGUUUCAUAUUUCAAUAGACUUACUUCUCUCUGAAAUCUCUUUUAUACAUCACUGAACGCUCAAUAAAACCCCAACCCUCGUGCUAGGGUCUGGUUAUUUCAGUGACCGCUUGCUCAUACGGACCAAAUAUCAGACUGUUAUUCGAUUACAUGUUACAUUAUAUUGAAUAGAAAGAUUUUAAUUGGGAUCUGAUGUGUAAUUAUCUGGUAAUAGACGUUAUCUGAAAAUGCUGGGAAGGAAAUGGUUGAGGUCUGAGCUCCAUGUGUUCGCACCAGUCAGACUUGGUUUUUUGGUAACUUUGCCGAUUCAUGUGUCUUUUAGCCGAGUCACUCAGGUCUCUGUUUUCUGUAACUAAAAAAAAAAACACAUCGAGCAUUUUUAUAAGAGUGCCAUAAUAAAACGAACUAAAAUCCUAAUCAAAGCCUGUUUUAUAACUUAACAAGGAGACACUUACUUUUUUUAAAUAUUCCAAUGGGUUUCUCUUACUGUUCUUACUGACAGGUUAUAACUUGUGCACCUUUUUGUUUGUGUUUCUCUGCCUGAUUUAAAUAAAAGAAAUCUUAAAUGGU